GGAGCUUUGAAAAUCCAUACUAGAAAAUGUAAAAAAUCUAACUUAUCUUUGGAUAUUCAAGAUUAUGAAAGUAGUGAAGCUAUGCAGGUGGAUGAAGAAAUAGUACUGGAAGAUUUAUUAGAAAUUUAUCCUCAGCAA